AUGCUUUUCUGGACAGAUCACGCGCGAGAUUCUUCGGAUGAUAUCUGCGAACAUUUUGACGUGCAGGAAGAAUUCUUUCAAGCGAGAUCAAAGGAAUUCCAAGGAUGGUUCGGCGCAUACUGGGUCAAGACUCACGCUGAAAGCGAAAAGGUACCAGACUCGUUCACAGCAAUGCAUCUCGCAGCGUAUGCGGGGCUUUCAUGGUUGCUAUCGAAGCUGAUGGAGUCAGGUCGCGCGUCUGAUAUACACUCCCGUGACUCCCUCGGUAACCAGCCGCUCCUAUGGGCUGCCAUGAAUGGGCACAUCCAAGCAGUGCAAUUUCUGUUGGCUCGCGGAGCCCAAACAGCAGCCAAAACAAACGAAGGUGUGACCGCACUUUACUGGGCAGCUAACAAUGGACAUGCGUCCAUUAUACAGCAGCUGUUGAACAAAAGUGCCAACUGCAGGCCCAAAGACAAAAUUAAAUGGACCCCGUUGCAUCGAGCAGCUUUCAACGGAGACACAUGGGUUGCACGCGUGAUUUUAGAUGGCGACGCGGAUAUUGAGGCGAAGGAUGGUACAAAAUGGACCACUUUGAUGCGAGCAGCGAUCAAUGGGGAUAUGGAGGUUGUGCGACUCCUACUCGCAAGAGACGCAAAUGCCAAAACUAAAGAUAUGGAAGGCUGUACUCCCAUGCACCAUGCAGCGUUGAAGGGCCAUGCGUCAAUUGUCAAGCUCCUCAUAGAACGAGGCGCCGAUUCAGAGGACAGGGAUAACGACGGCUGGACAGCUGUGCAGCUGGCAUCAUGGAAUGGCCAUGAGAAGACGGUAAGAUAUCUGCUCAAGAACGGCGCAAAUGUGCACUCCAGAGCAGAUAAUGGUUGGACAGCACUCUAUCAAGCUACAUGGAACGGUCACGCGACAGCGGUUGGACUUCUGCUCAAAGGCGGCGCGGACCCAAAUGAGACUGAUGACGAAGGAGAAACGCCUUUGCAUCAGGCUGCCUGGCGAGGACAUCCUGCAGUCACGAAGCUACUGUUGGAAGAAGAUGCUGACAUCAAUUUGAGAGACCGUACUGGCCAGACAGCGCUUCAUCAAGCCGCCAGUAAUGGCUCAAAGUCGGUAGUGCAGCUGCUGCUCGAUGAAGGAGCUGAUCCACGUGUUGAAGACGACGAUGACCGAAAGCCACAUUCGCUAGCAGAGGAAAAUUUCCAUCACCAGAUAGCCAAGGUCCUGAGAGAUCGGGAAACAGAGGUCUAUGGUCACGAAGUACUUCCUGACACGAACAAUAUUCCCCAAACAUCCCUUCCUGAUUCGCAUGUGGAUUCAGCGAUCAUUGCCAUCCUCUCUGCAGAUCCAGAAACAGCUGUGAUUGAAGCGUAUGGCCAGGCAGGAUAUUCUACUCCAUCGAAGGUUACUACUGUCAAGGAAGGAAAGAUUAGCGUCCAUUUCAUGAAGACAGGACCUGAUGGCGAGAUGUUCAAAGGAGAGCACGAAUCGUUGACUGCCAUUCACUCAGCCGUCCCUUCCCUUUGUCCUAAAAGCGUAGCCCAUGGAAAGCUUUCGGAUUCUCCCGGCUACUUCCUCCUCACCGAGUUCAUCGACAUGGAGGCUGUCGUUGAUGGUAGUCAAAGCCGUGGUCUAUCUCUUGCUCAAAAGCUUGCAAAAUUGCAUAGCUCCCCUACGCUGAUUCCGGCAGGAUUUUCCCGACCGGUUUUUGGCUUUCCGGUCAUGACCUGCGUCGGUCGCACACUUCAAAAUAAUGCGUGGAGUCGUUCUUGGCCCAAAUUUUUUGCCGAAAACCGUCUCCGCGCUGUCUGUAGCCUUGUUGAGAAAAACCAUGGAAGCGACCCAGAUCUGACCUCCCUGCUUGAUCGGGUCGUCAAGGAGGUCGUCCCGCGGCUCCUGGGAGAUGGACAUUUGGGAGGGAGGCAGGGAGUUCAACCUGCGCUUGUCCACGGAGAUCUGUGGUCUGGUAACAAGACCCGAGGAAGAGUCGGAGGCAAAGGCGGCAUGGAAGAAGUCAUAUUCGAUGCCGGCUCCUGCUUUGCGCACUCAGAAUACGAACUAGGAAUAAUGAGAAUGUUCGGAGGCUUCUCUGCUGGAUUCUUCAACGAAUAUCAUCGGCUGAUCCCGAAGACGGUACCAAAAAACGAGUAUGAUGAUCGUCUAGCGUUAUAUGGAUUGUAUCAAUGGCUAAACCACUACGCGCUGUUCUCCGGCGGAUACAGAGAGGAUGCGUUGGAUUGUAUGGAGAAGCUUGUCUCCAAAUAUGGCAAGGACGAAGGCGAGGGUGAAGGUUCAUCUUCCUCCUAG